UUUUAUAGUGCUGUGAAUCAUAUUCUAAAACAUAUUCUCUAUACAGAUAGUUUAUGAGUACCUUACCACGUGCCAGGUGUACUCAGUACAACAUUGAGCCUUGUAGAAGUGGCCCCUCCUCCUGUGAAGUGUCAGCUUUUGGAUGUUCCCUGUCUCCAGGUCUUAGCAAAGAAUUCACAGGCUACUAGAAUUGUAUUGUUCUCUCAAUUUCUUUUAAAUGAAGAAGGGGACAUUUAUAUGUGGCAUGUACUAUUCAAAUAUAAUUUUUUAGGGGCUCCUGGGUGGCACAGUCGGUUAAGUGUCAGACUCUUGGUUUUGGCUCAGGUCCUGGGCUCAGGUCGUGAGAUCGAGCCCUGUGUCAGGCUGUGCUCUCAACGCGGAGACUGCUUAACUCUCUCUCCCUCUAGCCCUCCAUCCACUCUCUCACUUUCUCUUUUUUAAAUAAAUCUUUAAAAAUAUAUAGUUACAUGAAUGAUGUAUGAUACGAAUGAUGCCCUAAUAUAUAUGUUGUGAUUUUUGUAGUAUAUUUUAAUACCCCUCUUUAUUUAGCCAAAAUAGUUGGUAUUCUUUAGUAACAAAUUGCUGAAAAUAAUAUGGCUCAUAUCCUAACCCAGACACUAUAAAUUUUAGUUUUUGUUAGACUUAUAAUAUUUAAAAUAAAAACAUUGAUAACUUGCUUUUAACCUUAAUGAGAUUAACAUUACAAGUGACAAUGUGUGUUCACUGGCUUUUAUAAACCAAAUGAUAUUGAAAUAUAUAUCUUAUACAUUUAUCAUGAAAAUUAUGAAUGUAUAUGAAGGCUCUAGCUCUAAAAAUUAGGUGCCAGUAUAUCUCAGUAAAUUAUCAUUAGCUCUUAGUACUAGAAACUAAGUUAAGAUGAAUUAAAUUCAAUUAAAAAUUGCAGUGACCCACAAUUAAAGAUUUUCAAGUUCAUCAGUAAUGCCAUCGUCACCUAAAUAAAGGCAAAAGAUAUCUGCUAAGACAGUUAGAGAGUAAAAUGCCUAAUACUGCUUUGGAACUUAGCAUUCCAUGUGACAGGGAAGUCAUUUUUCAUAGAAGGUUAAUUGAAGAAGCUGAAUUGAUGGAUAAGGUGGUGGUGAAAGACAAUUAAAUGCAGAAUAAACUCAGUGUUUCUCAACCCCUUGUGUAUGAAAUUUUAUAAUAUCUUUUGGUUCAAGUUUAAUUUGGCUCUUUGUUAAAUUUUAUCCUUCCAGACUUAAUAGCGAAAGUUUGAUAAUAUGACAUAUGACAGAGAAAGCGUGAAACUCCAAAAGUAACAGAAGUUUUAAGGAGAAAUGUCCGAUUCAUUUAUAUGUUACAGUAUUCAGUAAACAUUUAUCUCUUAUACAUAAUGGGCAUAUAAUAUUUUCCAUAAAUGAAAAAUUGCAAUGAAAAUUUAAAUUCACAUUGUUCUCUUGGACCUCAGUCCUUGACUGAUUUAUGCUCACUGUGUAGAUAAUUUCAUUCAAACCCACAACCUUAAAUGCCUUUCAUAUCUAAGGAAUCUAAAAUUACAUCUCCAGGUCCAACAUUUGUCCUGCACUCAAGAUUUAUAUAUUGAACUGGAAUAUGUAGUAGGCAUCUCAGUUGUAAGAUACAAUAUAAUGAUGAGUACCAUGAAGCAGAAUAAAGCAGGGUAGGAGGUGGGGAGCAAUGCGGAGAUGGGUGCUUUGAUGGAGUGGUCAGGGAAGGCCUCUCUCUCUGACAUCUGGUGAGAGAAUGAAAGUGAGAAUAUUGAGGGAAGAAUAUUCCAGAUGAAAUAGUAACAAUUACUGCAAAACUCCUGAGGUUUUAAUAAGUUUGGCAUCUUUAAGGAUCCAUGCAAAUUGCAAAUUCCAGUUACGUGACUAGGGUGGAAUGAGAGUUGAAAAGUUUGCAUGCUUAUAGCACAUUGAUUUCAAGUAUAUAGUAAGACGUUUAUACAGACCUUGUAUUUAUAAUUAAUUAAAUGUCCUUUUGAAUUAAUAUGUUCUUUGUGUUCAGUAUGGUACUUGAUUUCAGAAUGGAUGAUUUGGAGAACAGUUAUUUAUUUCAGUCUUGGAAAGUAUUAAUGAAGCUUAGAAAACCUAGAAUUACAGCUACAAUUUGGUCCUCAGGAAAAAUUAUUUGCACUGGAGCAACAAGUGAAGAAGAAGCUAAAUUUGGUGCCAGACGUUUAGCCCGCAGUCUGCAGAAACUAGGUUUUCAGGUAAUAUUUACAGAUUUUAAGGUCGUUAACGUUUUGGCAGUGUGUAACAUGCCAUUUGAAAUCCGUUUGCCGGAAUUCACAAAGAACAAUAGACCUCAUGCCAGUUACGAACCUGAACUUCAUCCUGCUGUGUGCUAUCGGAUAAAAUCUCUAAGAGCUACAUUACAGAUUUUUUCAACAGGAAGUAUCACAGUAACAGGGCCCAACGUAAAGGCUGUUGCUACCGCUGUGGAGCAGAUUUACCCGUUUGUGUUUGAAAGCAGGAAAGAAAUUUUAUAAUUCAUCACGUAAUUGGUUAGAAUCCCUAACUGAGCACCUUUUAAAACCUGCUGCACAUUGGACUCAAAACAAAAGGAAAACUGGACCAACAGUAAUUGAGGAAAUAGACUCUUUUAUUCAUUCACGGAUACAGUGUAAGCUCCAGGCCCUUUGGAUUUUAUUUCAAACCUUGCUGUAAUAUAAAAAGGAAGUUUACAAGACAUGACAUUGCUGCUUUUACAAAAGGACAUUCUAUUUAUUUUCGCAGUAAUUCUCAUGUCCCCGUAAGCAGAGCUGUCACAGUGUGCACUACCUUAAAUUGUUUCGUUAUUGUCAUUAUUUCUUCCCAGUUUGAGCUAAUGUGUUUUAUUUGUGAAUAGUCUUUUACAUUUUUGUAUGCUGAAUAUGGGCACCAAAGAACCUGUAAAAGUUAUCUUUUUCAAUUGAAUGUGCACAAAUAAAAGUUUGGAAAAGAUCUCUCUUCAUAUCCAUUCUGUAACUUUUAUUCCCCAUUUUCUAUUUUAACAAAAAUUGUAUUCAUAAUUCUUUUUUCUUUUUAAUCUAUGCAAGCUUAGACUUUUGCUAAAGUGUGUUGGCUUCUUUUUGAAGUGUAUUUUGUAAAUAUAUAUAUGCCACAUGUGUAUAGUAUCUUUUACUGCUCUGUUACCAAAUAUCAAAUAGGAAUUUUUUCUUGCAGAUUAGAAGUAAAAGUAUGUAUAUAAACUCUAGGGAGCGAACCGGAGUAGAACUUUAUAGAUUAAGCAUAAUGUUUUAUGUUGCUAAUUUAAUAUGAUAGAAAAUGUUAAAUAUCUUUUCCAAGUUACGAAAGUGUAGUUUUAAAAAGCGAAACCUCUCACCUACAAGAUGGGUAUGAGAAAGAAGCUGUGAUGGGUUGUACCUCAUGUGCUUUUGUUACUCUGGUAAGACUCCCCUCUAGUUGUAGGAGAGUAGUAAUCUUAGGUCGCUGCUGAAGGCUAUACUCGGAGUCUUGUCAGAAGUUGAUACAUUGUGCUGUUUUAACAAGAAGUGCCCACAAGCUGCCUCUGUGCCACAGUAUAAUUAUAAUAUAGUUCAACUUGAACUUGAAAGCCAUUUUGCAAGAUACAUCUUUCCCCUUGCUGUGUCUUAUUUAAUGGAGCUGAAGAGUGACUGUUCAGUAUUAGGGAUUGCUCCUCUUAAAGUUACAAUAAACACGCAUUUGUGAAACAUUGGCCCUUCCGGCUCGCCCAAGAGCCCUGGGGGUAGUACACGAUUGGGCUGCACCUGUGUGCUACCACUUGGGAUUAGGAGUUUAGUAGAACCAACAGUAAUUUCACUUAGAAAUAAAGCUGAGUGGCGAGUCCAAUUAGCCUCUUAGUAGUAACUUAAUAGAGACAAUAUUCCAACACGAAAACCUGAAUUUUCAAAAUGUUUUGAAAGUUUCAUGAAAAAUUGCAAUGUCUUGUCCUCCGUGUUCUAGUUCAUUUUCCUGAUCAUAUUAUAAAGUCUUCCAAACCUAGCUUACAUACUGCACUGAACAACAUACAUUAUUUUAUAUUUAUUUUUAUCUUCUUUUCUCUCGAUGCCUUCCCCUACUGUGCCUCUCAUUCUUAAAUCGGGGGGCAAAGGCUGGCUUUUAUAUUUUCUUUCUUGUGAAAGACUUAAUUGUUAUUUUCAGACUUCUCUUAUUCUCUCUCUCUUUUUUUUUUUCUUAUACAUUGUGUUUAUUUGCUUCAUUUUAAGAUCCAGCAGUAUAGGGUAAACCUCAUAAAAUAUAGAGGAUACAAUUCGGUGAAGAAGUCACAGGUUCUGGGAGACUAUUUUUAAAAAUUGAGAUUUUCCACUUAGCUUUAAUCAACAGUAAUAAGUGACCUGUUUUGUAAAUGUUCACCAAAAAAAAAAAAAAAGAAAUACAGAAAAGGCGGAAAACAUGAUUAUAUGGCCAAGGUGCAGAUCCAGAUGUUGUAUUUUCAGUAUUCAAGUGACUUGAAAAGUAGGUAGAUCAGUAGCUCAUCAAAAUGCUUUCUCAGAAAAGAGGAAGAAAGACAAUCUAACCAGGUCAGGUUUCAGGGCUGCUGUGUGAGCGUCACCUGGCAAAGUGUCAUGGAUAACCCACUAAACUUAACGAAGCUGGUAAGAAUGAGCGUGUCUGAUGUCUUCUGCUGGCUCUUCACAAGUGCUGUAAAUUUUUUUAUAAAUAAAAACUGUGAAUAUAUACAUACAAA